ACUGUCAGUUUAAAGCCCUGGACAGCGUCUUAAGAAAGUCUGGUCAAUGAAACUUUGAAAGGCGUCCAACUGUCCCUAAAAAUAGCAAGUAUGGAUCCUGAAACCAUCGCCUUCUGUUUCCUUCCACUCUCAGUGCCGCAAAGGAGUGCAAUCCGUCAGGUGAUAAACACCGUCUGAUGUCGCUACUCUGUCAGCUCCAAGUUAGCAGAGACAAAGGAAACCAGUAUUUUAAAGGGAAACAUUUGUGGUUCAGUUGGUGUUGAAAGCGCACAAAGUGAUCAGCAGAAUACUGGAGAAUUUUACUGCGUUUGUGGAAGACUGAACGAGGGCAAUUCAUCGGUCUUAUGCCUCUCUUCAUCGAUUAAACGGAGCUCUUAUCUCAUCGCCUGGCGCCUUUGUUUUGGAUUUGCCAAGGAUUUCCUAAAUCGAGAGUGGGUAUACACGACUGAAGGAUUUCGGGUUUUAAUCUAAAUCGGGAUCUAUACAUCCAAACUGGGAUCUAUGAGCGGAAAAGUGGCUAAGCCUAAAGAAGAAAAGGAUGCUUCAAAGGUCCAGGAUGACGCUGCCCCAGGUACCCAGGAGUACAUUAUGUUGCGGCAGGAUUCCAUCCAUUCUGCGGAUAUAAGGGGUAAAGGCUCCCCUUUUCGUGCUAAGUGUCAUGAAAUCUUCUGCUGCCCACUGAAGCAAGUCAUCCUCAAAGAAAGCUCAGAGGCUGAAGAGCCCCAGCUGAAGGGGAUCGUAACGAAGCUGUAUAGUCGACAGGGCUUUCAUUUGCAGCUCCAAGCAGAUGGAACCAUUGACGGCACUAAAGAGGAGGACAGUGGUUUCACCAUGUUUAACCUCAUCCCAGUGGGCUUGCGAGUGGUGGCCAUCCAGGGAGUUCAGACCAAACUCUAUCUGGCCAUGAACAGCGAGGGCUACCUGUAUACUUCGGAACACUUCACACCAGAGUGCAAGUUUAAGGAGUCAGUGUUUGAGAACUAUUACGUGACGUACUCCUCCAUGAUCUAUAGACAGCAGCAGUCGGGCAGGGGCUGGUACCUAGGCCUGAACAAGGAAGGAGAGAUCAUGAAGGGCAACCAUGUGAAAAAGAAUAAGCCCGCUGCACACUUCCUCCCCAAGCCUUUGAAAGUGGCCAUGUACAGGGAACCCUCUCUGCACGACCUGACCGAGUUCUCACGUUCUGGUAGCGGCACACCCACUAAAAGCCGGAGUGCCUCCGCUGUGCUGAACGGGGGCAAAGCUGUGAGUCAGAACGAGUCAACGUAGCCCGGUUUGCCCGGCCCGCUACCUUACGCCUUCACCAAAACCUCUGAAUGCUUGUGACUUCACACAGACUUCUCUCCAAAAAGCUCUCAGCGGUUCAGGACAACAUGAAACAUAACAUAACCACUCACAAACUAGAGUAACAUUUGAUUGGACUUCUUUAUAAUUAGCUUGUUUUUUGUUAUGUUUAGCUUGUUGGUUUUUUUCUUGAUCACCACUAUAAUAGCCUUUUCCAUGUGAAACACCGAAAUUGUAGCCUUUCUUAAAAUGGGACGUUGCGUUUAAGUCCCUCUCAGCAGUUGAACGUCAAUCAUCAAGGUUCAUUUCCUAGCAUUGCAGGUCCUGAUCAAGGAAUGCAUUUGUUAAGAGUUCAGGGCAGUAAGUGAGGGUUUUAGCUGCACGGGUGCAGUGGAAGGAAGGCACCCCUGUCCUCCAUGCUUCCUAAGUGUGUGAAGCGAUAGAGAUGCGCCCAUCCCGGUGCGUGGGGGGCUCCUGCGUUCUUGUGCACUCGCUUAGAGGGCUUGGCUCUCUAGCAUGGGAAUAUAAAGCCUGCGUUCUGCUCACAUGAUGAGUGAAGCUGAGCCUCUCAGAAGCAAGAGGCCAUGGCUUGCUAAUUGUUUGAAUUAGCUGUGAGCUUUUCUUACUUUCUCUUCCUCUUGUUCUUCCCCAAAUCAGUGUUUUUCGAGGUUUAAACAGCGACUGGAGAUCCAGCGCACCAAAGACAGAACUGUGAGAGUUUCCCCUCGAGCCGUCAGACCACACCGGUACAUAUAUAUAUACGCAUGACAGGAAGCGAUGAACAGGUUUUUUUUCUGAUUAGUGAGAGGUUUCAGUAUUCGAAGAGAUGGAUGUGUGGUUCAUGAGGACUGUUCGAUGUCAACCCUUUUGUCUCUUUUGCGUCCCGUUGUCUGUUUUCUAAGUUCCUUUAGUCUGUGUGCUUGUGUUUUUGCCUUUCCCGCACAUGUCGACUCUCCUUUGGUCAAUGCUGGUCACCGUUGCCGGUGAUUUCCGAGACAUGGCUGGACUCCCACCUGGACUGCGUUUUGUGUACAAGUAAUGUAGGGUGGUGACAAUUUUCUAUUUAAAUGAGCAAACAAAAAAUCAUACUGUGGAACUUAAGUUGGUUGAAUUUUUUUAGGGUAUGUCUAAUUUGUAAAAGUGAAAAAAUGGGAAAAAAAAAAAAAAUCUUAUACAGGGCAUGUACAAAUCAGGUUGUGUACAAUAAGGACCCUUUUUGUGGCCUGUAGUACAGUAUAUAUCCUUUCCCUCGAGCAACAUAACGUCAUUUAUGCUACAGGGGGGUUCUUCUCUCUUCUGUUUCUUUCUGGGUUUCUUUCUUCUUUUAGAUGAACAUACAGUAUCUGUUGCAUGGGAGACUGCAGGGAGGUGAGGAAUAGAGCUGCAUGAUGUGUAUUAACUCCCCCCUGGAUCAUAUGUUCCAAACUACCAGGAUAAAACUGACAAACAACAUGUAUGUACUAACUGGCACUCUGCCACGUACCUUCAAGUUGUUUCUUAUUUGACGUGUACAUA